AUGCACUCCUCAAACAAAAGUCAACUUGGCAACUACAACAAGAAAUUGGACUUGGACUGGGAUACCAAGGUUGCCAUCUUGGAUGGACUAGUGAAUCCCAACACGAUUCGGUCUGAUAUCACGCCUAGCUGCAGUACUGGCAACUCAUCAAUACGCAACGUCAGCAUUGUCACCUUUACGAAUCACGGUUGCGAGCCUUUGGGACAAGAAAAUGGCUCAGAAUUCCAGCAGUGCCCAGGAGCCGAUGCGAGCUGGACCUUUCCAAUCAUGAACUUCCUAAAUGCCGUGGCGGCAACAUGCUCAUUCUACUCCUGCGUCCGCGACUAUGCCGGAACUGUCCGCAACACCACCUUCACCGAGACAGUCAUAAACGAAACGCCAAUAAAAGCAGCAAGAUCCUCUAUGGACGACAACGUUUACGACUUCAAAGACCUCAUCCACGCAAGGAGUCUUGGGAAAUUCAUGGAUUCCAUCAUGAACGGAAAGUGCUCCGCCAUUCCAGGAAUUGACCCCGAAUUUUAUAAAAACGACUACAAAACCCUGAGGUGCUACCCCUGGCAGCUCGAGGCCCUGGUAAACACGGGCCUCGCCAGCUUCGAUACCAUCGAUCGCAACAUGCAAUCCGUCGCGAUGGCCAUUAUGAGCGAUAUGCGCAGAAAAGGGUCUUACUAUAAUCCUGAGUAUCCCAUUACUUCGCCUAUAUUCGUUACAGGAACAGUUAUGUGCACAACAAAUUGCACAAAGUUCGAUUGGGUAUAG